AUGCAGUUUUCCCCCAUCCUUGCUACCCUCGUUGCCCUUGGUGGCCAGGCAUACAGUCAAUUUCCAUCAGGCAAAUACACUAUUCAAAAUGAUGCAUCCGAUGUAUUGACUGUCGAUCCAUACGCGGAGAAUGGCCCUCUGGUAUUUGCCCCAGCCAACCAAAAUGAUAAUUCCAACCAGAUUUGGUACAUUGUCACCUCUUCCACCCCUUAA